AUGUCCGAGGCUCUGGCAAGGGAGAGCCUCGCAGGCCAACAGGAGGACUGUGAGGGUGGCUCGAGGAGAAGGAACUGGGGGCUUCUGGUCCCGGCUGGUGUUGGUGGAGUCCUGGUGGCACUCUAUGUUGUGGUCACCCCUUUUGUCACCCCGGCUCUGAGGAAAGUGUGCCUGCCCUUUGUUCCUGCGACUUCCACUCAGAUCCAGAAUGUGCUGAAAAUGCUAGAAAACAGAAGUGGCUCCCUCGUUGACAUUGGUAGCGGGGAUGGCCGUAUUGUGAUCGCAGCUGCAAAACGGGGAUUCAGAGCUGUUGGAUAUGAAUUAAAUCCCUGGCUGGUCUGGUACUCCAGGUACUGUGCCUGGAGAGAUGGGGUACAUCAGAACACCAAGUUUUAUAUUUCAGAUUUAUGGAAGGUGUCUUUUUCCCACUAUACGAAUGUUGUUGUCUUUGGGGUACCUCAAAUGAUGCCACAGUUGGAGAAGAAGCUGGAAGAAGAACUUAAAUGCAAUGCCAGAAUCAUUGCCUGUCGUUUUCCUUUCCCUUGCUGGAUCCCGAAUCAUACUACUGGAGAGGGAAUAGACACUGUGUGGGCCUAUGAUCUGAAACAUUCUGGGGAAUACAAAACAAAAAGCUUGGAAAUUACGCCAGAGACAGAAUCCUAA